ACACAUGGCCUCAUUUAAAAAUUAUUUAUAGAGAUGAGGUGUCACUACGUUGACCCAGGUUGGUCUUGAACUUCUGGCCUCAACUGACCCUCCCACGUCGGCCUCCCACGGUGCUGGUUGAAGGGUGAGCCCAGGGUGGCCACAGCACAUUUUCAUCAUUGUCUGCAGCUUGCAGUCUGCUGGUUCAGGGCUUAGCUGGGCACAUGGGCCCCUCUGAGGCUCCUGUUCAGGGCUCAGCCAUGUCUGUGGGGCCCUCUGAGCUCUUCCUGGACCCUCCUUGGCUCCUUCAGUUCAGGGCUCAGCCGGGCACGUGGGCCCCUCCUUGGCUCCUCCGGCUCAGGCCCCUCCUCGAGCUCCGGGCCCUGGGUGUUCUGGGCUCCUUCCUUGGUUUCCUUUGGCCUUUGGCCAGGAAAGUGGUGGGUGUCCGAGGGAGCCUGGGCCAUUUCACAGCACCGCAGCCGACCUGCGGCUCCUUCAGGGCAAAGCUGCAUGGACACAAAGAGAACACCACUCCGACCUGGCCUCUCCCUUUACCUGUCAGUUCCCUCCCAAGCCGGCUGCCUUCUGUCCCCUCCCCAGAGCCCUGGGGUAACUGGUUUGCUACAGUGUGUCUGGAAUUUUUCAGUUCUCUGGAAGGGAGUUUUUUAGAGGCCCUUAAUCCCCUCUUGACAUUUGUAAGUUGACGCUUACACCCGGUAGCCUCGCUGAAUUCUGUGUGCGUGAAGAUCAGGUUCCACCGCGAGUCACAUUAGAAAACCCACUCCGUGGAAAAAGACCAGAGAUGGCCGCUGCCCACACCUCCGUCCAGCAAACAAACCUUUGCAGGUGUUCAUAGCAGAGACAGAUCCCACGCUGGGAGUAAGAGCUCACGACAUUCUGGGAGGGGUUUCGGGGCAGGGAGGGGGCUUCUGUGGCCCCAGGUCAGGAGCAGCUCUUCCCUCAGCAGCCGGCAGCCAGCGCAGACUUGUGGGGAAGAGAGCUCCCAUUUCGCCAGGCCAGCGAGCACCCGGGGGCAGCUCCGUUCCAGGCGACCCCGCGGGAAGGGGUGUGCGUGUGCCUGGAGCUGGCCCCUGUCCUGCCUCCCUGACCUGUGUGCUCCUGCUCCCACAGCCCUGAGACAGAUGGCUCACGGCCUUGCGAGGCCCACACUGCACUGGGGUCAGGCUUGUGGCUCCUGGGAGUCCUGUGUGGGCUGUGUGGCCGCCAGCCAGAGCCUGCUGACCUGCAACUGGGGGAGCGGGCACACUGAUCCCUGGGUUUCACCACCCGAGAAUCAGAGAGUGGGAUCCUGUGAAACCUGGGCCCGGGCUCCCACCCACACCCCACACACACUGAGGGCAGCUUUGCCUUCCCGGGCACCCCUCCUCCCCCAGGUGGCCGGGCCUGGCCCGCUGCCCGUCCAAGGCUCCUGCUCGGGGUCUCCACCCACACAUUCCUGCAGCAUGAGGCUCUGCCGCUCCCUGCUGCCCCGGGCAAAGCCGUCAUUUGUUCCCUUUGACAGCCAGGGAGGCUGCCAGGCUCUCCACCCGCACUUCCCAGUUGAGGAAACCGAGGCAGAGGAGGCUCAGGUGUGGCCAAUCACCCUGCAUGUCAGAGUUACCCUGGGCAGGGCCCACUCAUACCUGGGAGGGGCCACUUGGGACCUGGAGGGCUGGGGGCUGCCUGGGCGUUAGGGGUAAAGCUCCCUACCCAGAAGGCCUCGGGGGCCUGGGGCUGGGCUCCUCCUUUCACAUCGCCCUUAGGAGGACCACGUGUGGGCAUUGGUCCGAGACCUGAAAGGGGCCGUCCUGUUCCCCGUGGGUGCUGCCAGCGCCACGCACUCCUCUUUCUGCCUGGCCGGCCACUCCCGUCUGCUGUGACGCGCGGAAGGAGAGCUGCCUGCGGACUCGCGGUGCCUCCCUCCCCGGGAUCUAGACAGACCAUGACCUUGCCAACGGCUCGACCCCUGUUGGGGUCCUAUGGGACCCCAGCCCUCGGCAGCCUCCUGUUCCUGCUCUUCAGCCUCGGAUGGGUGCAGCCCUCAAGGGCCCUGGCUGGGGAGACAACGCAGGAGGCUGCACCCCUGGAUGGAGUCCUGACCAAUGCACCUAACAUUGCCAGCCUCUCCCCACGCCAACUCCUUGGCUUCACGUGUGCGGAGGUGUCUGGCCUGAGCACGGAGCUUGUCCAGGAGCUGGCUGUGGCCUUGGGACAGAAGAAUGUCAAGCUCUCAGCAGAGCAGCUGCGCUGUCUGGCUCACCGGCUCUCUGAGCCCCCCGAGGACCUGGACACCCUCCCGCUGGACCUGCUGUUAUUCCUCAACCCAGACGCGUUCUCGGGGCCCCAGGCCUGCGCCCACUUCUUCUCCCGCGUCACGAAGGCCAACGUGGACCUGCUCCCGCGGGGGGCUCCUGAGAGACAGCGGCUGCUGCCUGCGGCUCUGGCCUGCUGGGGUGUGCGGGGGUCUCUGCUGAGCGAGGCUGAUGUACAGGCUCUGGGAGGCCUGGCUUGCGACCUGCCCGGGCGCUUUGUGGCCGAGUCGGCAGAAGUGGUGCUACCCCGGCUGGUGCGCUGCCUGGGACCCCUGGACCAGGACCAGCAGGAAGCAGCCAGGGCGGCUCUGCAGAGAGGAGGACCCCCCUACGGCCCCCCGUCAACGUGGUCUGUCUCCACCCUGGACGCUCUGCAGGGCCUGCUGCCUGUGCUGGGCCAGCCCAUCAUCCACAGCAUCCCGCAGGGCAUCGUGGCCGCAGGGCGGCAACGCUCCUCUCGGGACCCAUCCUGGCGGCAGCCUGAACAGACCGUCCUCCGGCCGAGGUUCCGGCGGGACGUGGACAGGACAACCUGCCCCCCAGACAAGGAGGCCCACCAGAUAGACGAGAGCCUCAUCUUCUACAAGAAGCGGGAGCUGGAGGCCUGCGUGGAUGCGGCCCUCCUGGCCGCCCAGAUGGACCGCGUGAACGCCAUCCCCUUCACCUACGAGCAGCUGGACGUCCUGAAGCAUAAACUGGAUGAGCUCUACCCACAAGGCUACCCCGAGUCUGUGAUCCGGCACCUGGGCCACCUCUUCCUCAAGAUGAGCCCUGAGGACAUUCGCAAAUGGAACGUGACGUCCCUGGAGACCCUGAAGGCUCUGCUCAAAGUCAGCAAGGGGCAUGAAAUGAGUGCUCAGGUGGCCACCCUGAUUGACCGCUUCGUGAUGGGAAGGGGCCAGCUAGACAAAGACACCCUGGACACCCUGACCGCCUUCUGCCCCGGGUGCCUGUGCUCCCUCAGCCCUGAGCAGCUGAGCUCCGUGCCCCACAGCGUCAUCUGGGCGGUCAGGCCCCAGGACCUGGACACGUGUGGCCCGAGGCAGCUGGACGUCCUCUAUCCCAAGGCCCGCCUUGCUUUCCAGAACCUGAGCGGGUCCGAAUACUUCGUGAAGAUCCGGUCCUUCCUGGGUGGGGCCUCCACGGAGGAUUUGAAGGCUCUCAGUCAGCAGAAUGUGAGCAUGGACUUGGCCACGUUCAUGAAGCUGCGGAGGGAAGCGGUGCUGCCGUUGACCGUGGCUGAGGUGCAGAAACUUCUGGGACCCCACGUGGAGGGCCUGAAGGUGGAGGAGCAGCACAGCCCGGUGCGGGACUGGAUCCUACAGCAGCGGCAGGACGACCUGGACACGCUGGGGCUGGGGCUACAGGGCGGCAUCCCCAACGGCUACCUGAUCCUAGACCUCAGUGUGCGAGAGGCCCUCUCGGGGACGCCCUGCCUCCUAGGACCUGGACCUGUACUCACCGUCUUGGCUUUGCUCCUGGCCUCCACCCUGGCCUGAGGACCCUACUCUCUUGCUGGCCCCAGCCCUGCUGGGGAUCCCCGCCUGGCCAGCAGCAGGCAUGGGUGGUCCCUGUUCCACCCCAGGAGAACUUGCGCUCAGUAAACGGGAACAUGCCCCCUGCAGACA